AUGAUAUAUGGUGGGAAGUUAUCGUUCACAAGUGCAUCCCCCCGUCCCCCCGUCACGUCUAGCGCCGAGGAAGAGAAGAGGGAGCUGGACGUGGAGAUCGGCAACAAGAAGGCCACACGAGACAAGGUGAAGGCCGAAGUGGCAUCGCGGCUGGAGGCCGUCACGACCUCUUGCUCGAAGGUUGACGACAUUGAUCGUGAGAACAAGUCCUUGCUGGCGAGAGCGAAGAGAGUGGAGGGAGAGAUCGACGAGAUAAGGGAAGCUCAGGAGGAGAUGCAGGAAAUGGCGGUUGGCCUCCAAAGAAAAAACGCAAUCCUCAGGCAUGAGCUCCGCUAUCUUAAGCGCGAACUCGAAGGAGAUAACCCUGGACAGCCACACAUGUUAUCUUCCCGCGACCAAGGUUGCAACAGCAACAACAUCAGUGCUCACGGUAUUGGAAACGGAAGUCAAAGAUCGUCGUCCACAUCACGUGCGGGAGGAAAUUUUCACCAAGGAAACGGAGGAGGAGGAAAACAGGGAAGCCAGUUCUACCACCAUAGCGCCGCCCCCCAGCAUGGCGAAGGAAGGCAAGAUUCCAUCCACACGCCUUGAGUACGACAAUUUGGCCCACCAGAGACAACGUCUGAAUAUGAGUCCACGGCGGUUGGGACUGGCCGUGACAGUUGAGGAUUUUUCUUUUUCGUGCACACCAUGCAGGCGAAAGCUAAUAUUAGUUAUUCACAACGGGUGAGCAACUGCAAGCGGUGAUUUUCCAUCCGGCAGGUUGCAUCUUUGUCUGCGAGAGAGAACCCGCAUUCCAGUCAAACACGGCACUGAAGGCGGGCGCGGGCAGGUCCAGGAGCACGACUCAAACGUUAUGUAAUUUGUCGGAUUGAAGCUUGUGCCUACCGGCUAGUUGGCUCUCAGCGGAAUUGGCAUGCUGCUGGCAAACGCGUUUCCCCAAGUGCAAAUCACAGCAGUCUGUGCCCGACUUGACGCACAAAGCGCGACGAAAAUC